UGUUGAUUCGAAAUCCGUUUAUUACACUAAUAUAAGAGGAAGUGCAUGUGGACGAGUGAUCAGGAGGCACGACGUUACGACUCGUCGCUAUUCCACGUGUUAAGUAACUGUAUUGAAGUGAUCAUCCUCGCAAUAAUAGCAAGCAGCAAAGAACACACUCUAUAUAAAUAUAGUCUAAAGAAGCAAGUUAUAAGAGAAAUGGAUAAUAAUAAUUGCCUUUUAUUGGAAUUUGUAAACGAAGAUAAAAAAAUUGCCAUCGGUUAUCAAGAUUGGUUGCAAGAUAAAAUAACAGGAGAAGAAUACCUUAAUGUAGUUAAGAAGAAAAGUGAAGUUAAAAUAAAAUGGCCUAAUUGUGAUGUUGCACCAGCAUCAAUAAUGAAAAAAAGAGUGAAGACAUGUGAAUGGACAAUAGUUGUGGAAAAAAUACUUUCUUUUGGUGAAUAGACCAAAAUGUGCCAGCAACGAGACAAUUUGGAAACAUAUGGAGUUUUAGAACCAAGUAGAGGAAAAAGAAAGUCAAUGUGUAGAAUACAAUGGAGCGACGAUGAAGAGGAGUUAAAAGAUGGUCAAGAAAAAAAGAAAUACAAUAAAAGUGGAAAAUGUAUUAAUGUAGAAACGAAAUCUUCUAAAUUAUGAACAGAUUUAAAAGCAAAGAAACAUAUAUCUAAAAUAGACUCAGAAGAAUCUUCAGAUGAUGACAAUUUUUCAAAUAUAUUAGAAAAUUUAAAACAAGAAAAUAAUAAUUUGAAAAAAGACAAUAAUAAUUUAAAAAAUGAAAACAUGGCAUUGCGUGUAUCACUUGCUUGUAUAGAAAAUUUACCACAAAUAAACAAUUUAAUUGAAAACAUAUUUCUUAAAACAGAAAAAAUACAUGACAAAGUUGAUUUAAUUAUGGAUUCCAAGAACACUAAAAGUGAAGCUAUAAAUAAUACAAGAGAAACAUUAAAUGAAAGACACCCCAUUAAUGACAAAAUGGUUGAUUUCGGUGGAACAGGAGUUCUUAUAAGUGCUAGUCGUCUAAAAAAUUGUAAUAGAAAUAGUAUUUCGCAAUACACAUGCGACUUACUAUCAGUAGUCUUUUUUAAAGAAGAGUUGGCAUCAUCCAGUUUGACUGGCAAAGUUGCUAAUACCAUGAAAGAGAAAAAUGUAAUACCUAAAACACGUUUAGAUCCAAAACGUCUUGAAGCAAUUGAAGGUAAAAAAUAUUAAAAGAAAACUUUUAUAAAAUUCUUUAUAAAGCUUAAUUUAAUAAUGAAUUUUUUAAUAAAGCAUUAUUCAAACGAA